AUGUCGUCGACCUUGACCAACACACCCGUCAACAAUGGAAUCAACUACCCCCCAGAGACUGAACUCACUGGCAUCAGUGUUGUGUCCAGGACAGAGGGCAACGACAAUAAUAACGAGACAGCCCUUCACAUAGACGACCCAGUGCAGCAGGAAGCAGCACUCUCAGCUCUGCCAAACCAAGGAAACGAAGAGUUGACCGACCGGCGACGUUCCGAGGAAGUACCAUCAACCAUCAAUAAUCUAGUUUUGACUUCAAUAACGGCCGAACCCUUGGAGGAGGAUCGCCUAAGCAACCACAGACUACCCUCAGUUCAACGCGACCGAAGCAACGACAGCGACAACAACAUUACAGGAAUGCCUCAGUCGCUAGUCCAAGUUCUCUCUUCACCUACGUCUCUUGCAGAAUCAGCGGCGACCACCAGCACCUCAAUGACUGUAGUCGACCACUCGGAGACCGACAGCGGCCAAGUUGUAGGUGUGGCAGCAGAUCAACAACAGGAACAACGGCAAGACGUAGAACAACAAGAACUUUCGACGCCACGACGCCAAUCUCGCGAUAUCCCCCCGCCACUGAACCUCCCCCCAAUUCCAACAACGUUCAGUGCCAUGUUUACCUCCGCCGACGAACCUCCACCUUAUUCGCCAACACACACAAUUCUGCCACACUACUUUGAACUGGAACCCAUUCCUGUGCGCACGUACAUCAUCAAAGACUCGACCGGUGUCCCUUUCCUGUACGACUUUUGGCUGAUAUCCACGACACAGUCGUCCCCUUCUCGCCCGCAAUCGGUUCUUCUCCAAGAGCGUGGACUCUCAUCCCAGCACCAGGCCGAACUCAAGUACAGCAUCAUUAGACCACAGCACACCGACAGAACAGCACUCCCGAUCACUGGUGCCACCAAUGCCUAUUUCAUUCCUGCUUUUGCACUAGUGGCGGACCACUACCCUUCGAGAUGGAUCUGGUGGGGGACCGAGGCUCUCCAGAUGGUGGUCUUUGGACGGCAGCACAAGAACGUUAUCAUGGAGUGGCGCUGGAAGCAUGGACGUACACGAAUUGGAGGACCUAUCGUCCACCGCUUGGUCGGAGCAAGUUUCCAGAUUGCGCCUGACAGGAGGUACUGCUGGAAGAUGGGAUCUGGGAAGAGCACUACGACCACAGCCCAGGAAGCACGGAAUAGACUUCAGCAGCAGCGGCAAUCUCGAUCUUUUGGAGCAGGAUCGACCCGACCAUUGAGCCAGACUCUUUCUACUCAAGGCGGAGGAAUGGCUGAAGGUGGGGCGAGUGGGGGAGGAGGUUGGUUUGGUAGUUUCUUUGGGAGAUCGCGACAGCCCAUCCGACAAAGCACGGAGCUUGCAGAGACAUCAUCAUCGACUACUGCCAACAUUGCUCUGGACUCUGUGAUUGUUCACACCUCAACGUCACCUACCUUUAACACUCCAGCGUUGGCGGUGAUACAAGAGAACCCACCCCUCAGCGAGCAAGAAUCCGCGAUCGACCGUGCAAGGGGGGAUGACAACGAGGACGAUGAUGAGGUGGGUUGCUACCAUUGCCGGGAGGAGGGUUCGACUGGAUUUCUGGGUCGAAUUGUUGCAGUCUACAGGCCUGGUCGACCUGCCAACCGAGCCAGGGACCGCCCUGCCAGUUCACGCAAAUUAGAGAUUUUCACCGAGGUGGGCGAGCGCUGUGAGACGGCCAUGAUGCUGAUGUGUACCCGGCUCGACGACUUGUUUAUGAGUCUCCCUGCACAUAAGAAGGGUCCGUUUGUGACGUCUCGGCCUGUUGGUGCAGGUCGCAGCAGUGGUGAUGGCACAGCGAGCGGACAACAACAGCAAACAACGACCGCUGGUGUGAAUGGGAAUGAUAACGAGGCCAAUGAUGGAACAGGAGUCGUGGGAGAAGGAGGAGGGGCAACAGGAGAUGGAGUGGAUCUAGGGGGUCCAACUGCUCCGGGUCUUGCCACGUCUUCUGGUGCUUCGAUACCAUUUACGAAACGGCUAAUUGGCACUCGGCGCGACUGGCUGUUCAGGCUAAAGUGGAUUGUUGCUGCUAUCCUGAUUGCUGUCGUGUUAAUCCUUGUCCUCAAACCCAAGAAACCUUCUGCCGCGUAG